UUGACAUGACAUUAGUUGGUAUUUACCCAAAGAAUUCUUGUGUCGUAUGCGGUUUGCUGCCGCUAAAUAAAACUGGGUGUUUCUAAUAUUUUCAUAUAAACUUGUUGUUUUUAUAUAAAUUUACAUUGUCGAAAUCAGUACAAAUCAAAUAAAAAGACUGACGUGUCGUGUUUUGUGGUAUUUCGUGGUGUGUUUUGGGCGUUUUUGACAUCUGUCAAAAGUGUUUCAUAGGAGGGCGUAUUCAUUGCCAAGGAAUCCGAGAAUUUGAUUUCAUUUCGUAUCGUUUUGUGAUUUUAUUUUGGGAAAAAGUGCCUUUGUCCGCAAAUGUGCAUGGAAUCGGUGGUGUACUUGAAGCAGAUUCCUUCAUUUUGAGAUUUUCGACCGGAUUUUCCUUUUCUUAUUUCGAAUAGUAACGGAGGCGGCGGCGGAGCGAGGACAGCGUCGUUCGGCGGCGUGAAGGGCGGCGGUGGUGGCGGUGCGCCCAUGGCCACCCAGCACCAAACAACGGGGGCCUACCGCCAGUGGGGCGGCGUCGGCGGCGGCCACCAGCACGGCCAUCCAACAACAGGAAGCACCACUUACUACCAGAGAUAUCCGGUGAGUCAAACGGCGACCGCAGCUUCGACGCCGGCUUCGGCCGUCACACAACAGCAACAACAGCAGGCCUCCUACACACCUUCAACCACCACCACCUACAAUUCGUCGAAUUCGUACGGAAAUCAGAGAGUGCCAACGGCCACGUCGCCAUCGAACACGAGUAGCUCUAGUAGCCACACGGGCAGUCAAAGCGGCACUGUAUCCACUUCUGUUAGUAACAACAUGCCCAACAAUACGAACUCAUCGCCAAACAGUUCUUCCGGGUCAGAACAACUCUCCAAAACGAAUUUGUACAUAAGAGGACUGAAUCCGACCACCACUGACAAGGAUCUUGUCAACAUGUGCCAGCAGUUCGGUACCAUUAUAUCCACCAAAGCCAUAUUGGACAAGACGACAAAUAAAUGUAAAGGUUAUGGAUUUGUUGAUUUUGAAAGUCCGUCAGCAGCAGAGGGUGCAGUCAAGGCUCUUACUGCAAAUAACAUUCAGGCUCAAAUGGCGAAAGUGGGUAUAUGGUAUCAUCAGCGUAGACAAGCCACUCAACAAGAGCAAGACCCCACAAAUUUGUACAUAGCUAAUCUGCCCUCUCAUUUUAAAGAAUCAGACUUGGACAAUCUGUUGUCGAAAUACGGUCAAGUGAUAUCGACGAGGAUUCUUCGCGAUUCGAUGGGAAUUUCGAAAGGUGUCGGUUUUGCACGCAUGGAAAACAAAGAUAAAUGCGAGCAAAUUAUAACGAUAUUUAAUGGAAAUACGUUGACCGGUUGUAAAGAACCCCUUUUGGUCAAGUUUGCCGACGGUGGUAACAAGAAGAAAAAUAUGUAUAAGAAUAACGAAAAUGCGAAAAUGUGGCGCGAUGGGACUGAAGGAAUGGCCGUUGCUGGAUAUGAUCCUAAUACGUUGGCGCAAAACGGCGUCGCGGCGCAACAUAUGAUACCGGCGGCUAUAUCGAACUUUAGGGCACCCUACGGACAGUACGCCGGCUACGCCCCCGGUGCCCAGUGGGUGCCCCAAUACGUAAUGCCGGCCCCAAUGCCCACCGUGGACGACAGCUACAACAUCCCUGGCCAUAUGGCGCCGUACAAGAGCGACGGUCAAGGUCCUCGAGGCAUCCCAAUGAUGUUACCGUCACCGGAGGCGGCCGUUCAGUACGCCAACGUCAUACCUCAGGAUAUGAUUUAUUUGCAGUUGACUGCUCAAAUGCAGGCCAUGCAAUUAGGCACCGGUUCAUACAUCUCACAACCAUACUCGUACUAUCCGUCACAUGUCAUCCAUACCGUACCAAUGGGUGACUCCGAACACACAUCUAAUGCGGCUAGUCCCGAAGAUCCAUAUCAGGCAUACCCGCCUGCACCACCUAAAUAAGUUGAAAAAAAAAAAAGAGAAAAAAUACAAGUUUUUUUGCUAAAGUCACACGAGUUGAAUGUACAGAUUGUACGAAUUAGCUUCUAAUUUAAUUUUUUGUUUUGUUCUUGAGUCAAAUACACUCAAAGUGUUUAGUUUAACGAUCGGUGUAUUUAACUGUGUUGACCUCUUUUGGUUUGCUGCUUGAUUUCGGUCACUUUUCAAUUGUUACAAUUAAAACAAAUGACUGAAAAUACGUGUAAAGUAGGUAUUUUUGAUACAGUAUGUUCCUAGUUUCAAACAUUGUAUUGAAAAUAUGAAUUAUCUGUGUAAGAAAACAGUGGUUUUUACGUGUUAAGUUUCGCGCUUUCUGUGAGUGUGCUGUACAUAGAUGUUACGAGCGGUUUUUUUUCUUACAUGGAUAGAACAACAUACCAACACAGAAAAAAACUUAGAAUUUUUAGACUAGUAGAGACGAAGAAAACAUCGUUUUUUAAAAAAUAACAAAGGUCUGACGGUAGAUACAGCAAGCAAAACCGUAUUUGAUCUUCCCAAGCCAAAACGGCAUAGGUUAUAGGUAAAUUAGCGAUUUUAUUUUUUGAUGAAGAUCUACAUAGGUAGUUGUGUGCGCAACGCAGAUGCGAUAAACUGCUCAUUGAAAUCAAAUAAUUCUUCCUACCAUCUAUACAAUAUGAACUGAACUUCCAAUAAUGUCUUAUUUAUUUGUUCGAACGAGCUUUUCAUUUGUCAAAACCGCCGGUUUUUUUCGUUUGUUUGGGCACUUUUGUUGAGUGGAAGGCACUCUAACCACCACCUUGAUUGAUCGACAUUCCAGUGUCCGAACGUGGAAAACGAUUUCAUUUGGAAAAGGUCCCCGUUGUACAGUGCAAUUUUUGUUUUUAUUUUUUAGAUUUAUUUAUAUUUAUAUGGAAAGUGUAUGGGUGGCCAUACAAGUUGGGGUUUCUUUUCUGAAUGGACUGACUUUGCUCUAUUUAUUUCGAUGAUGGGUAUGCUACGACUGAGACAGCUGUGAUUUCGUGAUGAUUCGCGCUUCAGUUAAUUUUCGGAGUGGUUGGGUCGUAGUGUAUUUGUCAUGUGACAAGACGCCGCCUUUACGAAAACCGAGACAAGGCUACCUGGUCUUCAAUUCAUUAGACAUUACCGUGUUUGUUUCAAGGCCAGGUCACGAAUGGAUUACACGUUAUUGAAAUCGUGCCUUUUCAGAUUGUCCAUUGACAGGGAUAUACUGAAAUAUUUUUAAUAUAUUUUUUUAACUCGGUGUUUAACCGACAACCAAAUUUUUAACUUCUAGUUGUUUCUAUGUUGUAGUACAGUCGUAAUGUUCUUCGUUUCCGUUGUUGAUUUAGUGAUUUGAUUGGAGGUCAGGGUAUAGUGCGAAAAGACACAUUGUAACCGCUGCUAUUGCAGAUGAGUGUCUUUUAAACGGCCCUCCAUCCAAAAAAAAAUUAAUUCGUUUGUGUGUAAAAUAAUAGCUAAGGGGAUUUUUCGACUCGGCCUUCGGGGUACAAGAAAAUUCUCCUCCUAAAACAAAAAAAAUGUGCUUAAAUAUGCCUUAUAUAGAAGUUCAGAAUUGAGAAAAACAAUUGAUGCUUAUGACGCGACACGGCGACUUGACCAUACAAUAUUUGAUUGUCGUAAUAAGUACUGAAUGCCUAUGUAAAGUAUAUUUGAGGAAAGAAUAGCUGCAACCAAAUAUUGUAUCGACAACAAACAAACACUUUCACUAAUACGAGAAAUUUUUACAUUGUUAACUGAUAGGCUCAGUUUAUUUUUGGUAUAAUACACCGGUACCACUCGUGGUAUAUUUAACUAUUUUUAGACCGUAUUAACGAUGAUGAAGUCAGCGACUACCUAUAAGUCUUGGUCGGAUCACCUCCGACUUGUGUAUAAAGUACGCGGUUUGUCCGCACUUAAAUUAAGUCUAGCUUGUAGAGAGUAGUUUAGAGUGUUUAGUUUUAGGCUUUAGCUUAGAUAGUGUUAAGAUAAAGAAAAUAAAAACUAGUUAGAUUGUAGGCUUAGGCGUAAGUUGAAUGAAUUCACACACAGAACGAGAGAGCGAGAGAAAGGAAGAAGCAAAAAAAAGCUGGCCUGGGCUGAGGCGCGAGAGCGGUUUUUAGUUAGUGUUUAUAGAUAAAAUAUAGAAUAUAUAAUAUAUUGAAUUCAUGCUGGAUUGGUGGCCACGUUUAGCAGCAACGUCCUUUUGACUUGUUGGUGAGGAGUGGCUGGACUCCAGGUGGUGUUUAGUCAUAAAGGUGCAUCGCUGCGGGCCUCAGCCGAUGCAAGAGACAACUAUUCUGAUGAAUGUCUCGUGGUUGAUGAGAAUACGUUUAGCAUAAGUAAGUGUUUUUUAUUGUUGAUUAAGUUAAAUCUGUAUGUUUGUUUUCAUUUCUUUUCUAUUGUAAGUCUAUUUCCUUUGUGUUGGUAAUAAAUUGUAUUGUCCAGGCACAA